AUGCAGUCGCCUUUCCUUCGCCUACCUCCCGAGAUCCGUAAUAAGAUCUACUCGUACGUCUUUGACUCUGCGAUCAUCUCGCCGAAGAAACACAGCGGCCUGUUCCUUGGCGAUUUCAGAAUCAAAGUACGUGGCAACUCCAUGCUGCGAGUCUGCCGACAGAUCCACAGCGAAGCCAGUGGCUACAAGCUCAGUUACACGCAUGUGCUCCUCUACAACUUCGAUUUAUCAACUUUGCAGCACCUUCAGUCAUUACCACGCGAGACUCUUGCCAAACUCCGCUCAUUGACCUUCGGCAGCGGUCUAUCAGACACAAUCAACUUCCGCGCGAGCAAGUCUAUCAACUGGACAGAAGGACUCGGAGGCCUGGAGUUUGCAGCACUUGAGUAUGUGUACUUGUUAUGCAAUGUUCACGAAGAUGCGGAGACAUCUAACUCGCCGUUCCUGCGCCUACCCGCCGAGCUGCGCAACAGCAUCUACGCCUACACGUUCGACAAGUUCACGGUGCACCCUCGCUCAGAUUCCAAAGGGUUAGACCGGGAAGUCUCCCCUCUCACCCAGGUGAGCCGCCAGAUCCGCUACGAGACCAAGUCGUUCGUCGAGUCCUGCGCCGUGCUGGAACUCGAGGAUGUGCGCGAGUUCAGGGAAGUUCUCUUAGAACUCGACUGCACUGAUCGAGUCCUGCCGAGUGUUCGCACGAUAGAGAUGGACUGGAUGCCUGCUGUCUUGAGUGACGCUGAUCGGGAUCGCUUUGGUUGGUACUGGGGCCGGUACGACGAGGAAGAUAGAAAACGUAUCCAGCGGCUGCUGCCGGCUCUUGCGUGCUUCGUGCUCCCCGGUAAAAUGCCGAUCUUUCGGUACAACGAGAAUAGUCUCAUCUAUAUGGAGCGGCUCGGUGUGCAGAUGGUGUUCAAGUAG